ACGUAUUUUGGCAUGACGCAAUGUCCUAGCGCCUGGCAACACGCACCGAGUGAUUCAUUCCGAAGUUGAGACAUGGCUUAGCUAGCUAGUUUGCUAAUUCACUAAAAUAACAUGACUCUAACUCGGAACGACGUUAACCUAUCCACUAUACGCUAAUAUAAUUCUGUUGUUUGUGUCAUACAACCGUCCGACCAUGAAGUUGCUCCAUAAAGACAUUGAAAAAGACAAUGCCGGUCAGGUGACUCUGAUGCCAGAGGAGGCAGAGGAUAUGUGGCACACCUACAACCUGCUGCAAGUGGGGGACAGCUUGAGAGCAUCAACCAUCAGGAAGGUGCAGACAGAGUCCACUACUGGAAGUGUGGGAAGCUCCAGAGUUCGGACUACUCUGACUUUGUGUGUGGAGACCAUCGACUUUGACUCCCAGGCCUGUCAGCUGAGAGUAAAGGGCACUAACUUAGAGGAGAACCAGUAUGUCAAGAUGGGGGCUUACCACACUAUUGAGCUUGAGCUCAACAGAAAGUUCACGCUGGCUAAAAAGAGCUGGGACAGCAUCGUGCUGGAUAGAAUCGAGCAGGCAUGUGAUGCAACCCAGAAGGCAGAUGUUGCAGCUGUGGUAAUGCAGGAGGGUCUGGCCAACGUGGUGCUGGUGACCCCGGCUAUGACUCUGCUGCGUGCAAAAGUGGAGGUCACCAUUCCUCGAAAGAGGAGGGGAAGCUGCACUCAGCACGAGAAGGCACUGGAGAGGUUCUAUGAGGCUGUAAUGCAGGCAAUUCUCCGCCACAUCAACUUUGACGUGGUUAAGUGCAUCUUGGUUGCCAGUCCAGGCUUUGUGAAGGACCAGUUCAUCACCUACCUCUAUAAAGAGGCAGUGCGGCAGGACAACAAGGUCCUGCUGGAGAAUCGACCCAAAUUCAUGCUGGUCCACUCGUCAUCAGGUCACAAGUACUCACUCAAAGAAAUCCUUUCCGAUCCCACUGUGACGAGUAGGCUGUCAGAUACCAAGGCAGCAGGAGAGGUGAAAGCCCUUGAAGAUUUCUAUAAGAUGCUCCAGCAUGAGCCUGACCGAGCCUUCUAUGGAGUGGCUCAUGUGGAGAAGGCUGCCGACGCCCUCGCCAUCGAUACCUUGUUGAUAAGCGAUAAGCUGUUCAGACAUCAGGAUGUCCCCACAAGGAGUCGUUACGUUCGGUUGGUCGACAACGUGAAAGACAAUGGCGGCAAUGUCAGAAUAUUUUCAAGCCUUCAUGUGUCUGGUGAACAGCUGACUCAGCUGAGCGGAGUGGCUGCCAUCUUGCGGUUUCCCAUUGCUGACCUAUCAGAUGCUGAGGAGGAGAGCAGCUCGGACGAAGACUGAUCUACAGAAAAGGACUAGAGAGCUCUCACUGGGUGAAAAGUCGCCCGGUGUUGCAGAUCACACAAGAAUGCAUUGACUCAGUGCGUUGUUUAACAAUAACUCUGCUGGUAUUCCACCUCUGCAACAUCCACACCUCCUUAAAAUCUAAUCUACACAGCAGCUUUCUAUAAGUGGCCAUCAUUUCAAGGAAUCUGAUGCAGUUUUUGGAGCUUUGAUGCUUUUGGUUUGAAGGUGACAGUGUCUUUGGAAGGUGCAGGUGAAGUAAAUGCUUGAAAGCACCAAGUUCAUGUGAUUGCCAAUGAAAAGGAAUGUACCAUUUGUUGCCAAGUCCAAACGAAAACAGUUAAAAUUUUCACUGACAUCUAGCAAUAGAAUGAAAGUGACUUUUUUUGCGAUUGUAUAUACAAUUUAGUUUUCUUGCAAUUAAACAGAAGCACUCAA